AUGAAGGAGCAGGGCCUUGGUGAAAAAGAUGACUGGCAGAAUGGUAAUGGUCAAACUCUCAGUGGCCUUGGAAGAAUCGAGAAUGACCUUAGCGAGGAAAUUAAGAAGUUGCCUCAACAAACCGAAAUUAUCAGAAAAGCCGCAAUACGAAUAUACGCCGAGAUCGCAAAUGUCAAAAUAGAUAUGGACAAUGUCUUCAAUCCAUUUGACGUCAUGGACCAUUUGCGUCGGUUGGGGAAAAAGAUCGGCACAAGUAAAGAUGGAUACAGUGACAGCCUUCAAGCAAUUCACAACGCAAUUAAAAACCUUCAAGAACAGCCUUUUGAAAACCAACCCAAGAAAAUCCAAGAAGCAAACGACCUUAUUAAACAAGAACUCAAAGACCUCCAAAAAGUGUUGCAAGGUAUUGCGGGCAGCGAUGUCAUAAAGUCACUGGAGGAUUUGAAGAACAAGGGGCUCGGUCCCUAUGCACUCUGGACACCUAACUACAAGGAUGCUAAGGGACUCAAAAAUAUCCAAAAGGAUCUUAAAAUUUCACAUGCUGUAUUGACCAAGCAACCCGAAAAAAUCGGCGGUGGCGUCCAGUCAAUCACCCUGUCGCUUAACAGCCUUAGACAGAAGCUGAAAGAUGAGGUCAAUAAAAAGUUAGAUGACUUGAAAAACCAUGGCCUUAAUAACGGUAAUGAAACAUGGAAUGACAACGGUUUUGAAAAAGGCCUCACUAAAAUCACCACGGACAUCGAGGCCAUAAAGACAGAGAACGUUGCCGACCUGAAGGACAAACUCAAGGAGCUGUGCACGGCGCUACGGACGGAAGCAAACGAGUUAAAGAGGGACUUAAACCGUCUGAAAGGUGACAGCCUAGAAGAGUUGACUGGGAUAAAAGAAAAUCUCCGUAAGCUCCAGAUCCGUCUGGAGCGCGGGCCAAUUCAGGCCUGCAAGGAGUUCAUUGACAGGGACGCCGACAGAUUCGCAAGGGAAUGCAUUGCGUCCCUCACAGCGUUCGUCAACGGGCAAGUGGCCACCGCAAUCGACGACAUCACAGCCUUCGCCAGGCAGCAGUAUGUCUCCAACAUCAAGGAGCUUUUGAAGUUGUUCGCCCGGAAGGUGGAAGAGGAGCUGCGGGAGUUACCGUGGGAGAUCGACAGUGACCUGAGACUGGAGUACAAGGGCCUGAUGGCCCGAGUGGAGGACGGCUUGGAAAAUGACCUCAACGUACAGAAACUCAAGGAGUCAAAAAGCCUCCCACCGCUGUCCUCCGCUUUCAUGCGUUUCUACUCGUCACUCGAGGACCACGUGGACAGGGAGAUAAAUCGGUUCCACGACGAGGAGCAGAGGAAGAAAAAUCUUAAGCGGCAGGACACACAGGAGUAUUCCACUAGGCUCUCCGUGGUGAACGAGGCACUCCACGCAUUGCUCCACUACUUCAAGGACAACGAUACCUUCGACCACAGACUCCAAGCGCUGCUCCGCAAACUCACCGACGCGCUGAGUCACCUGCGACCUGAGAGCUUCGCCAGGCCCUCAAGUCCCCUGCUGGACGGCCUGGUGGAGGGGCUCACGAAGUUCGCCGCCGAGUUCACAUGUGCGUACGUCUCAAGAUACGCCGGGCAGACGUUCACCGAUGAAGAAGGUGAGAAGUGCGCCAAGGUCUUUCUCACCACGCUGCCCACACUGUGCGACGCCUUCACCAGGCUGGCGGAGCAGUGCAAGACUGGCGGCAAGUGGAGGGAUCUGAGCAUUAAUUCAAGCAGUCAACUAGGCACGUUCCUCCAGCGCUGCGGCUACAGGGUCUCCACCUCUCCCUCUGACCAGGACGGCGAGCUGCGCGACGACUGCAACGGCCGCGACGUGUUUGUCCUCGUCACCCAGAACAUUAGGAAUACCGAAGACAACGAACACCUCAAAAAAUGCCUGGCCGUACAACACACAUGUAAUCUCCUACAGCUCCUCAAAUGCCUCUGCACGCACCUCCAGCAGUACUAUAAGACGUGCCACCUCAAGGUGCAUCCCUCACCCCGGCCGCCGUGUUCCAUCUACGAGAUGCUCACAUGGUGCUGCGGGCUUACGUACAACGCCGUGAAUCUUAACGUCAAUUACGAUGCCCUGCCCUCGCUGUUCGAGGCGCCGGACGAGCAGGACUCUGCGGACUCCGACGUGCCCUUGAUGAACCUCAGCAGCCUGGCGCUGGAGGCCCACCCGCAGAACGUAACACCGGCGUCCCUCACCGACGCACUCACGGAGGUGUGCCACCAGUCGCAUUCAGUGCUCACCACGUUACUAGGCUUCGGCCAUGCCGGAGGCAUCUACGCCUGCGACUUCAACACCAACCCGGGAGGCGUGCUCUACCCCGGCGACGCGGACGCUUUGCUCUGCCUGCUGUACGAUGUGCUCAAACGCCUCCACCACCAGCUGUAUCUCCUCUACCGCCGGUGCACCUACAACACCCGGCACGGCGGAUGGCUCGACUGCUGGUACGGCCGGGGAGUCGGAGGCUCAGCGUGGAGGUGCAACACCAUGCAGUGUGCCAACCAAAUGUGUGACCAACAGUGCAACCAAACACACAACCAAAUGUGUGACCAAAGCUGUGACCAACAUCCCAAGUGCGGCGUCAAGUCGCCGCUCCAGUCGUUCCUCGAGGAUGGCCUUGUGGGCUUCCUGCCUCACCACCUGUCGGCCACGGACACCUGUGUCUCAUGCUCCGGCUGUGACACCAAGUCACCCGGCCUGCCGUGCAAGACGCCGAUGGGCCUUGCCAACAUCACCAGGCUGGCCUCCCGUGCCUCCCAAGGCCGAAGCAUCAUGGACGUCCUCGGCGCCUUCUGCGGCGGCGCAUCGUCGCCCCUCACCAGGCUCUGCAGCUUCCUGAAUUGCCUCCUCACUCGCCCGCCACGGACGCCAGACGACCUGUUCGCCUUUUACUACCAGUUCAUAUGUGACUGGCGUAGCAGCGGCGAGCACCGUAAGGCGGCCUUCGAGGACGCCGUCGGCGCUGCGUCCUUCUGGCAGCGGGGCGUGACACUGGACGUCAGUUCUAUCUUCGGCACCAGUGACCAUGGCUCCGAGCAGGAUGUGCCUCACCUCACCGGGGACCUCUUCUCACUCGUCAAGUGCAACGGCAGUCCACUAUCUCCAGCAUCACACCCCUGCGGCCCAUACCUCAAGCCACUCGGCCACGACGUACGCGCCACCUUCGCCAGGGAACACGCCCACCUCUACCUCUCCUGGGUGGUGUACCUGACCGAGACCUUUUACGACAUCCUCUGUUCACUGCUCCAGGACUGCGAGCGCACCUGCGCCGACGCCACAUCCACCUGCCACGCCAGGAGCUGCGCCGACUGCACAGCCAAGCGUCUUCCCAUGGCCCCGAGCUCCAAUCACACUGCCGACUGCCCUUCCAUCGUGGACUGCGACUCCACCACGCCCACGCUCUUCAGGUACGGCUUCGUGCACAGGGACGCCCACAGCCUCGCCGGCUCCACCAGCGGCCACCCCGCCAAGCGGACCUGCGAGGAUCUCUGCGGGGCACUGCAAAUCGCCGUCAAGCAAAUGAACCCUCUCCACAAGCUGGCGCACGACACCAUCCCCGAGUUCCUCUAUCGCAUCCGUGCCCCCUUCCUCUUCACCCUGUUCACACUCUGGCUCACUGCCACGUUCUAUAUCCUCCACUCACUCCUCUACCGCAUGGACGUCCUCCGCAUCCGCUCCCACCUUCUCACCACCAGGGCCUCCCACCUCAUCGACGUCAAGGCGCUGCUCGCCGGAAGCCGCAGGAUGCUCUCACUCUACAAGGACGUCGAUUACUUCGACGAUGACUUUCACUCGUGA